UCCGCCCGCUGAGGGAGGAGGACAGAGGAGCGGAAAAUGGCGGACGGUGUUGAUCACAUCGACAUUUACGCGGAUGUAGAAGAGGAGUUCAAUCAGGAAACAGAUUAUCCUGUACAUGAGCAGAUCGACCUGUACGAUGAUGUCAUCUCUCCCUCGGCCAAUAACGGAGAUGCGCCCGAGGACCGAGAUUACCUGGACAACCUGCCCACGCCUGGCGGCACCGAGGGCAAUAAAGGAGCUCCGCCCAACGUUGUGUACACGUACACAGGCAAACGCAUCGCACUGUACAUCGGCAACCUUACCUGGUGGACCACAGAUGAGGAUCUGACGGAAGCCAUUCGCUCCAUCGGCAUCACUGACGUCCUGGAGAUCAAGUUCUUUGAGAACCGAGCUAACGGACAGUCCAAAGGGUUUGCGCUGGUGUGUGUGGGAUCAGAAGCCUCCUCCAGGAAGUUACUGGAUUUGCUGUCGAAGCGAGAGCUGCACGGCCAGAACCCGAUCGUCACACCCUGCAACAAACAGUCGCUCAGUCAGUUCGAGCUACAGUCACGUAAGAGCACCCAGUCAGGGCAGAUGUCAGGGGAAGGGAAGGCUGGACCUCCAGGUGUGGGUCCCCGUGGUGGUUUUCCCCUAGGUAGGGGUCGAGGGCGCUUUCCGGGUCCUGCAGGGCCAGGAGACCGCUUUCCUGGACCUGUUGGGCCUGGAGCACCCGCUCCACACUUCCCUGGUGGUAUGCAGGGUCCUCCUCGUCCCCCUCCAGGCCCCCCUGGUCCUCCAGGUCCUCCUGGCCCACCGCCUCCUGGACAAGGUUUAGUCCCACCCCUUUCAGGGCCCCCUAAUAGAGGGGACCGCCCACCUCCUCCUGUCCUCUUUCCUGGUCAGUUUGGCCAACCUCCCCUUGGCCCGCUACCCCCUGGCCCGCCUCCUCCAGGUUAUGGUCCGCCUCCUGGUCCACCCCCACCUCAGCAAGGUCCACCCCCUCCCGGCCCCUUUCCACCUCGUCCCCCUGGUCCUAUUGUACCUCCCCUGGCUUUGGCUCCACCCCCUCACAUGCGCGGUCCCCCUCCUGGAGGCCCACCACCCGCCCCCCACGUUAACCCCGCAUUCUUCCCGCCACCCGGAAGCAACAACAUGACGGCGCCAGACAGAGCCCCACCCCCUAACGACCCUUAUGGACGGCCUCCACCCUACGACCGGGAUUACGGCCCGGGCAGGGAGAUGGACGCAGCUCGGGCUCCUCUGAGUGAGGCUGAGUUCGAGGAGAUAAUGAACAGAAACAGAGCUAUCUCCAGCAGCGCCAUAUCCAGGGCCGUGUCGGACGCAAGCGCAGGAGAUUACGGCAGUGCUAUCGAGACACUGGUGACUGCGAUCUCUCUAAUCAAGCAGUCGAAGGUUUCAGCUGACGAUCGCUGUAAGGUGUUGAUCAGCUCUCUGCAGGACUGCCUGCACGGCAUUGAGUCCAAAUCCUACGGCUCCGCCUCCAGGUACACCGCUCGCCCGCGCUCGCAUCCCGCCACCACACGCUCGUCCCACCCUCUCACUGACCCUUCUGUCUCUCUCAGCAGACGAGAGCGAUCGCGGGAUCGGGACCACAGCCGCUCCCGCGAGAAGAGUCGACGCCACAAAUCGCGCAGCCGCGACCGCCACGAAGAUUAUUACAGAGAGCGGAGCCGCGAGAGGGACCGCCACCGCGAGAGGGACCGCGACAGAGAGAGAGACCGUGACAGAGAGAGGGAGUACCGCCAUCGUUAGGGCGCUGAGAGCUGAACGGAAGAAAACGAGGAGGAGAAGGAGGAGGACACGACCCGAGCACUUCACACUCGUCCAUCAGCGCUCUUCCCUCCAUCACCAAGACGACAGGAUUCUUCCGAACUAAGCUCCAGUACCGAUCUCUUUAAAGAGCAUAUAUAUAAAUACUUACUCACUCUUAAUUCCCAGCAGCUUAUUUUUUUAUUUUGUACAUUUUAUUUGAUCUGCAUAAUUGAAAGAAGAAAAGUAAGUCCAGCUUUUUGGCGUUUAAAGUAACUGUUGCCUGCUCGGUCCUCCACCAAAAACACAAGAUUUUCGACGCCUGUGAUGUGUAAACUGUUAGACGUUGUUUUUAUAGGGAACUUUUGUUUUCAUCGCCCUUUUCCCCUAAUUUUCCCCGUGUUGUUUGUCUGCAUCUUUGUCUGUGAAUAUCUUUACCUCGAUUUAUUAAAUAGACUGUGUUGUAAUAAAGUGUUUCUGGGGUUGCCA